AAGUUUGGAGGCCAGGCGAGCAGUGGGAUACCGACGGAUAGGAAGUGACGGGACUGCAUGAAUUGCAGAGGGAGAAAAAAAAAGAAGACGGGAAUAUCAACACAAAGCAGAAUGAGAAGCAACGUGCGAUCACCGGACUGUUGGCUGUAGUGCGAGGGGGGGGGUGGGAUGAAUGGGCGCAUGAUCUGAUCACCGGAGAGAGAGACUUUCAGUGGAGGUGAACCAGGCUCCCAAAAGAGAGAAGCAGAGAUUUUACUGAGGGGAUUGUCGUCUGAUUUCCAUGACCGUGCUUGUAAUUCUGGAAAGUGCUCGGGCACAGGGGACCAUAUGGGACUGCGACCUGUAAACUAUAACCCCGCUUUGGAUAUGAAGGAAAAGACUUUACGACAAAUCCAAGAUCACAGUUAAGGGAUAUGAACGCAGAUCUUUGGAUUUCACCGCGAUUUUUUCCUCUGUCGGGUUCAGUUUUGCGUCUUUGGGGAUGUUUGCGAGUUGCAUCUCUGCGGCUUCGGUUCGGACACUGACCCGUCUCUGUGCGCUGGUGCUGGUCGUCGCUGUGGGACUCGGUUCGGAACUGAGGGUCCGGGUCCGGCUCUCUGACGGACUGGUGACCGAGGAGGUUUUGGAGGCGGACAAUGAGAGAGACUCGAUAUCUCUCGAAUUCAAGCAGGGAGAUGGGACACUCAUCACUUUUGUGGCGGACUUCAAACAGGAUGUGAAGAUAUUUCGAGCGCUGAUCCUGGGCGAGCUGGAAAGAGGGCAGAACCAGUACCAGGCCCUGUGUUUCAUCUCUCGCCUCAACCGCAAUGAGAUCAUCCCCAGUGAGUCUAUGGCCCGUCUCAGACAGAAAAAUCCUCAGGCCAUUCGCUUGGCAGAGGAGCGGAGGGGACUGGAACAGCUGACGAUGAGCGUGGCCGUCAACUUAAGUCGGGCCUUGCAACUCAGCUCCCACAUCCACAACAUGUGCAGCGAGGCCCGAGAGGCCAUUUACACCAGGGAGUCAGACGUCAAACACUGGCUGGACAAAGGAGUGGAUGGCUCCAUCUUCGAGGGCCUGCCACAAACAACAGAGGUGCCCAGCUUUCAGGCCUGUCACUCUACUAAAGACUUGUGGCAGCCCUGUCUCUGCACAUACAGCCUGCGUCUGGAGUGGUACCCGUGUCUGCUAAAGUAUUGCCGCAGCAGGGACACCACAGGCAAAGGCUCUACCUACAAGUGUGGGAUAAAGAGCUGCAGCAAGGGCUACCAUUUCACCUACUAUGUUCCCCAAAAACAGCUCUGUCUAUGGAAUGAGGAGACCUAGCAUUUUGUUCUGGAUGGUUAGGAAUAGAGUAAUGCAUUUUUUCCCCAGCCAAGCCAAUGCUUCUCCACCGAAGCUAUUCAAAGUAAACACAGUAACACUGGACCUCAGUUUAUAUGAUGAUGAGUGAAGCUGUCUCAGGUGGGGAGUGGUGAGUUCCAGAUGUUCAAGCUGAAACAGAAACGAAUUCAGGUUCCAAAUGAGACCAAAACCUUUAAGGAAGGAGAGAUGCAGCAAUAAGAAGACCCACUAACUUAAUGCCUUUUCUGGGAAAAUGACAUAUCAUUGUCAUCUAUAAUGUGACUUUGCCAAGAAACUGUCACUUUUGUGCCUUUUUUUGGGAGAAAUUAUUGGAGCAGAUGAUAGAGACCAACAACAAUAACCUCUCAAACAAGCUACGGUAUGCACAAAGCUGGACAGUGCAUUUCUGCUCAAUUAAACACCAGCAGAGGAAAAACAGAGUCCCACUCUGAUCAGAGGAGUCAUACAAACACAAUCUUCCAUCCUGGUGAAGGAAAAUUUGGAUGGUGGAUUUAUCUUGCUUCUAAAGGUCUGUGAAAAACAAUUUAUUGCCAGCUAAACACCUGUUUAUAACAAUGUAAGCUGGCUGACAAAGAAAAUGCUUCUCCAAUGCUGGCUUUAUUUAUUCUAGUUGCAAAAUGAAAUUAUGGUGGACUAUUUUUGUAUAAUUUUGUUUAAAAAAAAAUAACCUCAUCAAGUUUCUCUCCUUUUUGAAUUAAACAGGCUCUUAAAUUUACAUGUCUGAACCACAGGUCCUCGGUAACAAGAAGUAUUCAAACAAAUUUCAGAACAUUUUUUUAACCUCUUGGAUUUUGGACGCUGCUUCUUGUCUCAUCCAUACUUUAUGCUACGUUGCUGCCAAGUUUUCAUGGUUGUACACCCUUUGUGGAUAAACAGGUUUAUUAUAAUAUUUAAUAGGACAGUUUUAGUUAUACUUCACCCCAUCAUGCCCAUCACUCACUUUUUCAGUCUGUUUUUAAAAGUGUCAAUUAAACCAAAGUCAAAAGAGGGGUGUAAAGUUUCAUUUGUCUAGAAACAGGCCCUUCAGUAUGGUGUGUUUCCAUGUUAGGAUUUACUAAAACUGCAGUGUAGCCUGUUAAUAAUCUAUACUGCCAUCUUGUGGUUAUACAGUGUUUCUGUUUCUUGUGUUUUCUAUUUUAUCCCAAUGCCAGAAUUCUGUUUCUGUUUUGUCUGUUAAUGUCAACAGUUACAUGUUUAUAAUUUAUGCAUCUCAAAUCCCUGAUCAUUUACAGGAAUAAUUUAAGGAGCACUUCUUGAACUUGUUGGACCAAAUUUCAUUUUUUUUUCUGUCUGUUCCUUAGAGCAAUAGGUUGAAGUAUGAAUUUGGUCUGCCUUACCUCCAUCUUCAUUUCAGACUUUACUGCCAUAUCAAAAGUUCAUUUUGUGUUUUGUGUGUUGGUAUGUCCUGCUAACUAAAGAACCAAAUGAGUGAAACAUUUCUAUUUGUGGCCUUUUCUGGUGAUCAAGUGCCUUAACAUUUCCACUGAUAUCUUUUCUAUGUAAUUGUAGACUAAGUCAUAUUUUUUCUAUGAAAGAGUUGUUAAUAUGCUGUAAGUUGCCAUAAGGAGAAAAUGAAGCAAUUAGGUAAUGAACCAUUAAGAGUUGUUUUACAUGAUUUGUUUCAAUAAAGUCUUUCUUUGCACUGCA